AUGCUGAACUCUCUCCUCGGUAAGGAAAUAUUCCCGUCCCCGCGGAACAGAAAAAAAAAAAUCUUUACACGUUCACAUGCCGGCCGUCAGGUGACGAAGUUUGCUCAUGCUUUCUUCCAUAUCUCCAUGUCAGUGAUAGCGUUCAUGUAG